CAGCGUUUUCAGUUUUUUCGAGAGAUUGAAAGCGCAAGAUGGAAUGAAACGAAGUGGCGAAGAAAGGAUUGCUACUCACAGCUGAUCAUGGUUUGCUUUCCGGGAAGAGGAGGAGCGAAGGAGGAUGUCGAACGACGAGGAGAAGCCGUUCGCAGUGGAGAGGGCGAAAAGCGGGCGGGCCAAAUGCAAGAAGUGCAAAUGUCCGAUAGAGAAGGACACGGUGAGAAUCGCGAAAUUGGUCGCGAAUCCGUUCACGGAUGGCAAGAUGAAAGCGUGGCAUCACUUGACCUGCCUGUUCGAGGUAUUUGCCAAACAGAGGGCCACCACCAAGAGGAUAGACGAUCCCGCGGAGGACGUGAGCGGGUGGGAAGAUCUGAGCAAGGAGGACAAGGCGAUCGUGCUUCGUAUGAUCGAAGAGUUCGAAAAGGAUUCGAAAAAUCACACUCCUAAGGGGAAAGGGGUGGAAGCGAGAAAGCGUAAAAGUGAGAUUGGCACGGAAUCCGAUCCUUCUCCGAGCAAAAAAACGAAGAAAGAGAAAGAGAAGAAGAAGGAGAAAGAGAAGGAGAAAAAGAAGGAGAAGGAGAAGGAUUCGAGCGAGGAGGAAGGAACGGAUAGCUCCUCGGCGACCAGGAGCCCGGAGAAAAGGACAACGAGAGACGAUUCGUUCGAAGAAUUUCGACGGGUUUGCAACGAUGUGGCAAGAGUGGACGCGUACACCGAGAAAACGGCCGUCGUGAAAAGAAUGUUCAGCAAAGGAUCCGAAGGUGACGGUUUUAAAAGCGACGUGAAGCUGUGGUGCAGAAUGUUGCUUCCCGGGGCCGUGAAGAGGGUGUACAACUUGCAAAGCAAACAAUUGAUCAAGCUGUUUUCUCGUAUACUGCUCGAGGACGAGGACGAGAUGCUGGAACAUCUCGAGCGAGGAGACGUAGCUGAAACCAUCCGAUCCUUUUUCGAGAGAAGCGUCGCUCGAAAACCAGCUGAAAACAGCGUACUUACCAUUCAACAGGUGGAUGAAUUUCUACAGGAGUUGUCGUUUUUAACCAAAGAGGAAGAGCAAGUUAGCCACUUUUGUUCCAUCAUCCCCAGAUGCACUCUGGACGAUCUAAAGAUGAUAAUCCGACUGAUCAAGCAUGAUUUAAGGAUAAAUGCUGGUCCGAAACAUAUUUUGGCCGCGGUGCACGAAGAUGCUUACGAGGCUUUCCAAACGUCCAGGGAUUUGAACAGCGUUAUCGAACGGUGUUUGCAACGACCGUCGAAAUCAAAAAAGGAAGAAUCGAAUUCUUCCAAUGUCAAGGUUACGCUUUCGCUGAUGACACCUGUUUUACCUAUGCUGGCAGAAGCUUGCAAGUCCGUGGAAAUGGCGAUGAAGAAAUGUCCAAAUGGAAUGCUGGCCGAAGUGAAAUAUGAUGGAGAACGAGUUCAAGUGCAUAAGAAAGGGAACGAAUUUCGAUACUUUAGCAGAUCCUUGAAACCAGUGCUUCCUCAUAAAGUGAAUCUUUUCAAGAAUUAUAUUCCACAAGCUUUUCCAGACGGCGAUGAUCUGAUUUUAGAUUCCGAGAUCCUCAUGAUCGAUGCCAAUACUGGACAACCGUUGCCCUUUGGUACCUUAGGCAUUCAUAAGAAAGCUGAAUUCAAAGAUGCAAAUGCCUGUUUGUUCGUUUUCGAUUGCAUUUAUUACAACGGAGAUGUUUUGUUGCACAAAUCUAUGAUGAAACGAAGACAAAUAUUAACGGAGAGAAUGACAGAGAUACCAAACAGAAUAAUGCUCUCAGAAACGAAGGAAGUCCAUAAUUCCCAAGAUUUAGCAGAAAUGAUCGCCAGGAUUCUUAAAAUGGGUCUUGAAGGCUUGGUCCUCAAAGACAUUCACAGCAAAUAUGAACCGGGUAAAAGGCACUGGUUGAAGGUAAAAAAGGAUUAUUUGUACGACGGUGCAAUGGCCGAUAGUGCAGAUCUCGUUGUGCUUGGCGCAUGGUACGGUACGGGGAACAAAGGAGGUAUGAUGUCUGUAUUUCUCAUGGGUUGCUACGAUGAAGAUCGUGGCAACUGGGUAACGGUGACCAAGGUACACACUGGUCACGACGAUGCAACCCUGGCAAGCCUUCAGGAUGAACUCGAUAUGAUAAAGAUAGGCAAAGAUCCAACUAAAGUACCACGUUGGCUACGUGCUAAUAAACCAAUGAUUCCCGACUUUGUUGCAAAGGAUCCGAAGAAACAACCGGUGUGGGAAAUAACGGGAGCAGAGUUCACCAAUCAGGGUGUUCACACAGCUGACGGUAUUAGUAUCAGAUUUCCACGUGUAACGCGCAUUCGUCGAGAUAAAGAUUGGUCUUCUGCCAUCACUUUAAACGAAUUGCGAAAUCUUUUCAAAAAGAAUUCCGAGUCGAUAGAUUUUACUCUUCUUUUGCCUUCAACUUCUAAGAAAGAAAUUGAUAAAACGAGAACGAGCGAAGAAGAUUCAUCUUUUUUGAACACAAAAGCGAAACGCGAAGAUGAAAGAUCAAAGUCUCCAACAAAGAAAAAUAAGGAUUCAAAAACGAUUAAAACACCUUCUCCAAAGAAAUCUCCCGCAAAGCCAGCAGCCAGUUCUCCUCGUACACUAUCUAGAUCUAACGAAAGAAAUAAGGAUCAAAGAAGGCACGAUGGUGCAAAAAAAAAUAUUUUCAACGAACGGGAUACGGAGGCAGCGUAUUAUGCUUUUGUAGAUAAGGAUUUCAUCGAGUAUUCCGCUGCAGGAGUCCCGUUAAAUUGGAUCGAAGGACGAAAACCCAAGGAUGGUCUUCCGUCGGAUGCAAAAUCGUUGCAUAAUUUAACGAGCAACGAAUUGAAAUCUAAAAGCGUUUUAAAGGGUGCACCGAUCAGCUUGGCGCCAAACUUUAAGAAAAGCAAGCAACGAGAUUACGUUCGCAACAUGCUCAAGACUCUUGGGGCCAAGGUAUUGAACGACGAAGACAAAUCUACGGCCACGUACAUGAUUCAUCCUUGUAAGGAAAUCCUAUCGUCCGCUGUUCACGUUAGGUAAAAAAAGGUAAAACAGUUUGCGAUCGCGUAGUUAAUGGAUGCGUUUUUAAUGGAUGGAACGAGCGGGGCCUCGAUAACAGAGUUAAACUUGGUUAACACCGGCAUCGUUACAGCACGCUAGCAUUGGCAUUAAGCGGCUUCCGACUCGUGGAAGUUGUCAACUCCGUUAACCGUAGGCGCCAAUUGCUCGCGUCGUUCGCUCCUUGAUAAUCCUCCAUCGCCUAUGGAAUAUCAUUACCCCUCAUCCGUAAAACGCAAAUAGGAACAUUAAUCCCCGCGGCAUGACAUUCACUUCGAUUCUCUGCUUCGUUCCUCAGGAAUUCGAAGAUGUUCCAAAGACGGUAAGGCACGUGAACGUCUCUUGGGUAGAGGCGGUCGCCAAUACUUUGGAAAUUCAAGGGACGGAAGAGCACGCGGUGGAACUGGCCCAGAAUUAUUGUUCCUGUCCCUGUUCUCAUCGAUGACUAUCUUUACACAAAAUGGAAUAGUGUAGAAUUCAUUGGGAAGAAAUAUUCGAGGAGAAUUUUGUACUUACCUUUUCCUUGCAUCCCAGUAUGUUGUCCUUGAAAUCGAGUCUUCGAAACUCGACUGCUUUAAUGAAGGAAAAUGUAGAAAAUUGUAAAUUGUAUAUUCUAUAUUUAUUUCGCUACUGAAUAUUCGUAGCAAGAUAUAUUCGGAAAAUAAAGAGAUCGAUCGUAUACAGAACG